AUGAUGUCAAUGAAUUAUUUUGUUGUACUUUCCUUUUUUGCAUGGAUCGUUUCUAAUGAAGCUAGAUUGGGCAUGCGUGUUCAUACUGUAGCCCUGUUGAAUUCCCGUAAAGUCACUGACGGUCACAAAUCUGCCAAUACUAUAGCUAUGACUGAAAUAUAUGAUCCGUUAGCAGACCAAUGGACCAUUACUGCAAGCAUGACAACACCACGUGAAUUUCAUACUGCAACUCUACUAAAUUCGGGCAAAGUUCUUGUUGCUGGCAGUGGAGGAUAUACCGGUUAUACGGCUAAAUGUGAAAUAUAUGACCCAUCAACCAGUCAAUGGCAUACGGCUGCAAGCAUGGCAAUGCCACGCGGUUUUCAUACUGCAACCCUACUCGGUUCGGGCCAAGUACUUAUCACUGGCGGCACUACCUUUGACAUAAACGGUAUUCUGAAUAGCUGUGAGAUAUAUGAUCCACUAACAGACAAAUGGAUGCCUACUGCAAACAUGACCAUACCACGUUCUAGUCAUACUGCAACUCUACUCAAUUCAGGCAAAGUACUUGUCACUAGCGAUGCGGCUAGUUCUGAGAUAUAUGAUCCAACGACGGGCCAGUGGAGCUCUCUUGCUAGCAUGGGACCAAAAGCGCAUUAUAAUCCAACUGCUACCCUGCUAAAAUCAGGCAAAGUUCUUGUCAAUGGUGGCAUCCAAUCUGCCAUGUAUUCGGCAAGUUCUGAAAUAUACGAUCCAUCAAUAAAUCAAUGGGACACCAUUGCAAGUAUGGCAACAGCGCGUCAGUUGCACACUUCAAUUCUGCUCAGUUCGGGAAAAGUUCUUGUCACUGGUGGCGUAGGAUAUACAGAUUUCUUAGACAGUUGUGAAAUAUAUGAUCCAUCGAUUGGAAAAUGGAGCAACAUUAGUAGUAUGACAGCAGAACGUUCUUCUCAUACUACAACCAUGCUUAAAUCAGGCAAAAUUCUUGCUACUGCUGGCUACGGUUAUACAGGUUUCCUGGAUAGUUCUGAAAUAUACGAUCCAUCAACAGCUAAUUGGAACCCUAGUGCAAGGCUGUCAAUCACACGUGCUUCUCAUACUGCAACCCUACUCAAUUCAGGCAAAGUACUUAUCACUGGUGGCGAAAAAAUUGGCAGCGAUAUGACUAUUGACCAUCGAAAGAAGGAAUAG